GCAGCGAAGAAAUGCAGUUGUAUAGUGCCAUUCGAAGAGGAAAUUGGUGGGCAGUGAAACUUACGGGCUUUAAGUGUUAUUUUUGUAGAAUUAUGCAGUUAGUUGAAUAUUUUAUGUGGAAUUGGUAGAGCAAGAAUGACUGAUAUGAUUUUAACUGGUCCUGAUGCUCGAAAGACAUCUUUUAAAGAUGAUGAUGAGUCGUUGCCUGUAGCACCAAAACGUGCAAGAACUUCAGAGGAUUUUUAUUUGUUCUGCAAAUUUAUUUUGGAGUAUGAAAACUAUGAAGAUUUCAGGGAAGAAUCAGACCAACAGAUAAUAAAAAACUACACUUCAUCACCACUUGGAUCUGGAAUUGAUCAACGUAGUGGAAGGCAGAAAGUCUCUGCAACUCGGGCCAGUAGUUCUAGACAUGGUGUUUCAGCGUAUAGUUCAGAUAAGAUUAAUGACUAUUCAGUUACUGACUCGAGGUCAAAUACAUCUCAAUCACCAAGUGAUGAAUCUGGAGCCAGCUCUGAGGAUAGCCAUGGACGUGAAAGGUUUCCUUCAAGAUCAAGUAAAUCUUCUUCGUCCACCAGUGACUCAGGUGAUGAGGAGGCCAGCUCUGCCUCAGCCCAAGACCGGAUGCGGAAAGGAAUUCAUUUGUCGGACAAAAGCUCCUAUGGGCUGAUAACAUGCUUCUGUAGGAGACCUUAUGCAGGCAGACCUAUGAUAGAGUGUUCAAAGUGCCUUACAUGGAUGCAUCUAUCUUGUGUGAAGAUUAAGAAGUCAAAUAUUCCAGAAGAAUUUUUCUGUACAAAGUGUAAGAAGAAUAAGAAGAACAAGAAUAGUGGUGACUCGGAGCAAUCACGUACAACUUUAUCGAGAUAUAAGUGAAAAAAUAAAUAAAUAAAUAAAUAAAGAACAGGGUUAUAAUAAAGACUUGGAAAGCCUCGAGUUACAAUUGCUCGACAGGGACUUCUUGUUUUGCAGCUGUGUGUGUGUGUGUGUGUGUGUGUGUGUGUGUGUGUGUGUUUAUAUGGAUUGAGGUACAAAUUACUUGUAAUUGUUACAAGAAUUAAAUGGUUUCCACAAAUUUGAGGUCCCUUUCCAAGCUGGCUUGGAAACUUGUCAGCUUGGUGAUUUUGUAAGCAGAUGGUAAAAGUGCUGAUCAUAAAAGUUAUUUUGCGUCUAGGCCAUUACCAAUUAGGUCUUUCAAGUGACUGGAAUGACAAGAAUCAUGAACACUUAAUGUAGCAAUAAAAGGAAACAAAAACCUUUAUUUGAAAUCUGGCUGUGUAACAAUGUUGUCAUUGUUCUUGUUAUUGUUGCAGUUGUUGUUUUUGUACUAUUAUAAGGAUCACCUUUUAGUAAAGAGAUUAACAUAUUUAUACCAGCCCUGUUGCUAUCUGAAUAAAAAUCAUGUCCUGGGAUUUUAAAAAACUGCGAGACUAUUUAUAACAGCUGCUUGCUGAAGUGAUGCACCAGUUACUUUGUUUUCUGGAAGAACUGAAGUGCAAACUUUUUCUAUGCUAGUAGUAGGCUAUAGUAAUUAUAAACUUUUUUAACAUUGGACCAGAUCGUUUGCUCAGUGUAUUGCAUAUGUAUAUGUAUUUUCGGUACUGUUGUUGUAUCAGGAAAGUAAUGACCUGUCAGUUAGUUGCAAAUGGUAUUAUUAUUUGUUUUACAGGGUGCUAAAAGCUGUGAAAAUGACAUGCAUUAAUUUACAUAUGUGUAUACCUGAAAAUAAUGGGAAAGAUCAAUGUGAGGAGAUUGAAAAAGAUACUUGAAAUGGGGUCUGAGUGGACAGGAGCACCAUAGAUUUAACAGGAAAUGAAGUACUGCAGUCAUUAUAUUUGUUAUUACAUUACUAAAAAGUGUGCUGAAAUUUUAGUAAAACCUCACAGUGGUAUUUUGGCCAGUUCAGAGUGAUUGGAAGCGAAACUGUCUAGUGUGUGUAUAGCAAAAUUAAUAAGUUAGGCUCAAAAUUAAUAAAUUAUGCUGCACCUUAUGUCAAAGAGAGGUUGAAAUGUGCUAGGCAGGCAGGUAUGUACUUUUGACAGUAAUUCAUUUGACAUGAUGUGUAAAGAUGAUUCACUCUACAGUUGAUUGUCAUAUAUUUGCAGCUGUAGUUACACAGAGAAACUGCAGAAGUAAAAAGAGAGAACUAAAUUAUCGGGAACAACUUUUUUUCUGUAUGAAAAAUCAAAAUAAUCAGUGGAGAAGGAAAAAUAUAAAUUCUAGAAAUAAUCAGGUUAUAACCAUAGUUAUAUGUCCCAAAAGUAUAGUUCAGUAGAUUAAACUACAAAACAGGAAAUAUUCAGCACAAGCCAGAAUAAUUGCAGUUCUUCAGUUAAAUGGAAAACUGGCAAGUAAAUAUACCAAACACUGCUGUCAACAUUGGUAAAAAGUUAAAGGUGUCAUCGCAGGUUUCACUCGGGUAGUUUUCUCUAAACUAAGCCAUUCAAGCAAUGAUCUCUACCUAAACUGCAGUUUUCUGAACAUUCCUGCCAAAGGUACUCAUGAUUUAUUUCUUGCCUAACUGCAACAUGGGGGCCAUGUAGUGUCAAUAGAAUGGAGAGGAAAAAAAAAAAAAUAAUCUGAUUCUAAACCCGUGUGGCUGUUGCAGUUUUCUGCUAGAGACAAUGGCCUAUCUCUGCACGAUUUCAAAACUAUUGUGUGCUCUAGACAUUGAGUGUCUGAUUAGAAAAUUAGUUCUGUUGUAUUUCACUUAUACUUCACUCAGAUGUUGUGGUCCUGAAAAAAAAAAUGCUGUAGAAAAUGCUAAACUUCCUACUAUAUUUGCCAGAUAUUUAAGUAUGUGUAAUUAAUAGCAUUGAGUGUCAUAAAUAGUGUAGACUCCUGUUGAAUGCUGUUGAGUGUUUGCUUAGACAUGCCACUGCAGAUCAUAAAAACUAUGAAUUAUGCAAGUACUCUUUAAGUAUAAACUGAUAUUAAAACGUGGAGCAACACCUAGCUUGGAAUUUAAAUUGUAUCUGAUGUGAUGCAUUGCCUACCAGCAUUUUUGUUUUCACUCUGUAUUGCUUUUAAACUUUUGCGUGCACUAGUUGUCACUUGCUCCAUCCCACUACAGCCACCUAAUGCCUGAGUGCGAAGUACUGUACAGUGGAGUGACAACCAGAGAGCCCUACUAGUCAUGGUAUGUUGAAGGUAAGGGAAGAGGAGAGGGCAGGUGGACCCAGCUGUCCAGUGUGUUUUUUUUUUUUUUUAAAUCUUGUUCAAGAACAUGUUGUUCUACAUGAAAAAUAGUACGUAAUUUCAACCUCUUGCACAUAUACGCCCAAUAUUAUUUUAACAGUAUUCUUGGCUUGAUAUACUGUAGCUAUAUACACACCUCAAAAUCAGAAUGUAUAAAGCUAAACAACUGAAGAAUUAUUAUGAAUUGAAUGAUAUUUGUUUUACAAUUUAAUCAUGACAAUCGUAUUUAAGAAUAGUGCCUCUUCUGAAAAUGUACUUCACUUUAACAGAACCAGGCUUAAAAUCCAAAGAAAAUAAUGCGCAACAGUAAUAGUCUAUCCUGCUUCUUUAAUGACACACUAAUUCAUUUCAUUCAUUUACUACUACAUUUGUGAAUGGCAACAUAAAAAUAUUCGAAGCAAAGAGAUCUCGGGCACCAGCUAAAGGUGAGAAACAAUGCACUUCUACAUGGAGAACAAGCAUGUUACCAACGUCAGAACAGUAUUUUACAAACCUCUGCACUGUACAGUACUUCGCGCUCGGCUAUUAGGCAGUUGCAGUGGGGCAGUGCAUGUGAAAGUUCAAAAGCUACACUUUUAGAAGGUCAUAAUUGCGUACUUUAAGAAUUAUGGUCCGAAUUUUUGGCAUAGGAGCAAUUCCUGGAGCUGACACCUUGCAAGUGUGCUUCUUUUCUCCCUAAAAUAUGAAGUAAAGUUGGGAAUGUUUCCUUGUUAGUGAUACAUGUGGUCUAUUUUGACAACAGAUAUACAUCUGCAAGGUGACAAAUAAUGGAUUCCAGGAAUAGUGUUGCAAAUGCUUGUCAGUUUCAGACAGGAUAUGUACUACAGCAAAGAUACAAAGCACACACAAUAUUUCUGGAUCACUAAACUUUCUGUUACUAUUUACAGUUACAAAACUGUGAGAUUGUAAAAUUUAUACCUUAUGUGAAGGUUGGGAGUGUGUCUUGUCAACUACUGUGAUGUGAUAGUUCCGUGCUUCUGAUACUGUUACAGCCAGUUACAUAAGAGUUAAAACUGGAUAUAAGUAAAUAAUCCUUGAUUACAAACAAAUUGAAUGAAACUUUUCCCUAAUUGCAAAAUGAUGGAUGAUCAGCAAACAAUCUGCAGGCACUUUCUAGGUGAGGCAACUCUCACACCUUCGCACUUUCACCCCUCUCUCACUUCUGCAGAUUUCAGUCUCUUGGUCUUCUUGAGUCUACCGAGUGAGGUGGCACAGUGGUUAGACACUGGACUCGCAUUCGGGAGGAUGACGGUUCAAUCCCACGUCCAGGUUUUCCGUGAUUUCCCUAAAUCGCUCCAGGUGAAUGCCGGGAUGGUUCCUUUCAAAGGCCACAGCCGACUUCCUUCCCCGUCCUUCCCUAAUCCGAUGAGACCGAUGACCUCGCUGUCUGGUCACCUUCCCCAAACAACCCAACCCAACCCUCUUCUUGAGUCUCAGAUAUAGUCGAGUCCAUUGGCAUUUGUCUUUCUUGUCUUUCCACUCUGGGCAAUAUUCCCAGCUUGACACACUAACCCCAUCAGUCAAUCCAUCCAGCCAAUCUGCAGGCAGGUGGAAGUUCUUCACUCUAUAAUACCAGUGUUGUCCGUCCAAGUUGUUUAGGUAUCGUGGCAUCCAGGCAUCCCUCAAAGACUAAUUUGUUACUGAACCACUUUAGUCCUAGAUAAGCAAAUCUCCACACUGCAAUUUCCCUAAAGUGAUGAUACUCCAGCAAGGUAUUCAGGGAUCUCUUUGCAGGUAGGAAGAGACAGUACUAAUCAACCACAGAUGUCCACUGGUAGUAAAUGCCCGCUAGUUUAAGUGUUACUGUAAAUUGAGGACUAUUUUAAGGACAUUGUCUGCCAUCACACUUUUGAUGGCAUGCUAAACACUGAACAAAAAUACUUAGUAAACAGCAUAAUUAAAAUUAAUCAGAACAGCAAAUUGGAAGACUUGAGAGGCUGUUGACUUAGAUAUAUUUAUUGGUUCCACUGAAUUGGACGAAGGAUGUGUAAUAUUGACAUUGGGGAUUACUUCUGCAGGGAACUGUGAAAAAAUGAAAAGAAACCACUGUGGGAAAUUAUCUGGGGGAAGGGAAGAGGUGUGAAAUGGGAAGAUGUCCAAACAAAACAAAUGUGACGAUUAAGCAAGCACUCUGUACUGACAGAUGGUGUGAGUUGGGAAAUGUGUAUAUUUGAGUGAUGAAAUCUUGAGGAAAAGACUUGGUUUCAUCAGAUUUUUUUAAAGAGUGUUAGUGCUAAGUAGAUAAAUAAUAAAAUACUGCCAUUAAAUGCCGGUUAUUUUUAUCUAAUAUGAAGUGUAUAUCAAAAUGUUUUAUUAGAUCUGGUGUUAUAUUAAAUUUCCAGUUUGAGUAAAUUUUGUAGUACAUAACAAUUUUCAUACUGACUAUGAAGAGAAGAAAGCUGUCAUUAGCAACCUACAUCCUGCUUGUUGAUGUAAUUUGAUUUUUAUAAGAGACUUAAUGAUGGAAACUAUUUAUAGGAGAUGGAAAACUGCUAAAAAUAUUAGUUCAAAACAAAGGCAAUAAAAGCAUAAAGAAUGGAGUACAAUCUUUGUAGUUUAUAAAGGGGUGCACUAUGAUGCAAGGGCCGGUUUACCUAUUAAUUCAUAAUUUGCAUAAAUUCAACAGCACAUUAAACAUUUUAGUAGUAAAGAAAAGAUUAUUUAUUGCAGUAGUUCUGCAAAUUUUAUUUUGUGUGUGUGUGUGUGUGUGUGUGUGUGUGUGUGUGUGUAUGUAUAUAUACUAUUUCCCAGCAUUUUAGUGUAUUCACUCAUAUAAAUAUGUAUAUACAAAGUGAUCUCAGUUGGUUUUAAAAUUCUGAUCAUGAUGUUUUAAAUUUAAUUUUAUGGCUGUAAAAAUAUUCUUAACUUCAGAUGAUGAUUACUAUUAAUACAAUUAGAUGCUUUUUAAAAUGUAUUUUAUUAUAAUUUUCCAUGAAUGUUAUUUUAUAUUAAUCAUGAAUGUCACAUUGUAUUCAUUCUGCACUCCAGAGUGGAUGAUGACUGUUAUCUCUGACAGUGUACAUAGUUUCCACUAUAAAAUGCAGACUAUUUUGCUGUAAAAUUUUGUUAACAUCAGUUUCUUUUCCUGAACCUGGUUACUUAAACAGUAAUACAGAUAUACAAAAA